AUGUCUCUGGACUCUUCUAUUGACCUCUUGUAUGCAUUAUAUGUUUCAGUGGCUUUUGGAACAGAAUGGAGUGUGAAGUACAAACAAACUGAAAUAUGUGCUUUAAAGGGGUCCACAGUGUUUAUCAAUGACAGUUACACAUACCCAGCAGGGCUGGAAGUCAAAGAGGAAUUUUGGGUUAAAGAGCCAUUCGAUAGAGAACAGGACACACCUGUAUAUUGCAGACCCACUAAGGACUCAGGCAGAGUGCAGUGUUAUGUAGAUAAACAGCAACAUUUCUCCCUCAAACUGAUUAAUGUAACGAAGGAGGAUGAACAUGACUAUCGCUUCAGAAUCAAAACAAAUGUAGCCAAACAAAAAUGGCUGGGAGAUCUUGUCAAGAUCACUGUCACAGAGCUCCUUGUUAAAACUCUUCUUGAAGUAAUAGAGAGAGAAGCAGCAGUUCUGACGUGUACAACCAGCUGCAGUUUGACUGACAGUCCAACAUUCAUCUGGUACAAAAAUGGACGUUGUUUAUCCUCCAGUACAAACCCACUCCAUCUGCGGCCAGUCAGCAGUGAGGAUGCAGGCAGUUAUAUGUGUGCUGUAAGAGGAUAUGAACAUCUCCCCUCUCCUGCUCAAACUCUCACUGUCAGAUAUCCUCCAAAGAAUGUAUCAGUGUCCAUCAGUCUCUCGGGUGAAAUAGUGGAGGGUAGUUCAGUGACUCUGAUCUGCAACAGUGAUGCCAACCCAUCUGUGCAGAACUUCAACUGGUUUAAAGAAGGAAGAACCUCACCUGUAGGAUCUGGACAGAAUUACAGAGUUCUACAGAGUGGAUUCUACUAUUGUGCAGCUCAGAACCAUCAUGGAGCUCAGAAUUCAUCUACUGUGUCCGUCUUAAUAAAAGGGUAA